CCUCCCUCCCUUUGUAGAGACCACAGUCAGUGUGUUCACACAGACCCAGUCAGCACAGUUUACUUCAUAGCAGCAGCAGUUUAGCAGCAGUUUGCUUCAGUUCUCCAUCAUGAAGUCUUUGAGCCUGUUUGUGUCUCUGGUUCCUGUUCUGGUUCUGGUUCUUGUCCCGGGUCUCUGGGUCCGGGUCUCUGCGGCUCCUGGUUGCGGCCCGUGUGAGCCGGGUCAGUGCGCGGCUCUCCCGGCGGCUGGCUGCGCUGCGGGAUCUCUUCAGGACUCCUGUGGCUGCUGCUCGGUGUGUGCUGCCGCGGAGGGAGAGCCGUGCGGCGGGCGCCGGGCGGCAGCACGCCGCUGUGGCACCGGGCUGGAGUGCGUCAGAAGCGACGAGGACAAAAAGAAGAAGCUGGGAGUGUGUGUCUGCAAGAGCAACUACGAAGUCUGCGGCAGCGACGCGCUGACGUACAGCAACGGCUGCGCACUGCGUAGCGCCAGCCUGGCAGCCGAGAAACAGGGCAAAGAACCAAUCAGCAUCCAGAACAAAGGCCGCUGCCCCACAGCCCCAGUGAUCGUCUCUCCCCCUGGUGAGGUGUAUAACGUGUCUGGUUCUCAGGUGUAUCUGAGCUGUGAGGCGGUGGGCGUUCCCACUCCGGUCCUCACCUGGAAGAAGGUGCUGGGAGGGAAGAAGAGGGAGGAGCUUCUUCCUGGAGACAAAGAUAACCUGGCCAUCCAGACGAGAGGAGGACCAGAGAAACACGAGGUCACUGGCUGGGUCCUGAUCUCCCCUCUGACGGAGGAAGACGAGGGAUCGUACGAGUGUCACGCUGCUAACGCUAAAGGAGAAGCUUCAGCUGUCGGCGCCAUCCGCCUCGUCCGCUCCAUCCUCGACAUCGUCAAGAAAGGUAACCACGGCAACACAGAUAAACACAGUGACGAAGGAAGACGAGCUGUGAUCAGCUGAUGACGGUCGUCACGGAAACAGCUGAGAGGAUUCUUCUUCUUUGUUUUCAUGGAUUUCUGAAUUUAAAA